AUGGCCGAUCAGUUCGAUCCGGGCGUCGAGCUCAAUGGCCAAGCCCCUAGUGCCCAGGCCCAGAUUGACGUAAUCUGCGGGCCACUGAUCAAUUUCAAGAACAUGGAUGUGACUCCUGCCUCGUCUGUCUGGCGUGGCAGCGUGUUGAUUGUCACGAAGCCUGGUCAGACUCUGCCGCAGCUGCUCUUGCGCCAGGCCGGUCCUGUUGGCGACAGCGCCGCCGUCAAUGGCGCCGCAUCCGCCCGUCAGGAGAUUGCGAUUGACGGUCUCCGCCUCUAUGAAGAUCCUGAGAAGGCCUUCUGGCGCUUCUCACUUGCCGUGACCCUGGAAUCGUACGAGUCUCGUUGGGAGUACCACAUCCCGGGUUUCCAGUAUGCCGACAGUCCGGAUGUCGCCGCGCCUUGGGACUUCGUCGUCCCCUCGGCGUCGCAGUCCAUGCGCCUGAUGUUCCAUUCCUGCAAUGGCUUUUCCGUCGGCACCGACAUGGACGCCUGGCUCGGCCCGAGUCUGUGGAACGAUGUCCUGCGCGUACAUGCACAGAAGCCCUUCCAUGCCAUGAUCGGGGGUGGGGACCAGCUUUACAACGAUGGCAUCCGGGUGGACGGUCCCCUGAAGCCGUGGACCGCCAUCGGCAACCCGCACAAGAGACGCGCGCAUGACUUCAACAAUGCCAUGCGCGCCGAAUGCGACGAGUACUAUUACGCCAACUACGUUCGCUGGUACUCGACCGAGCCGUUCAAAGCCGCCAACGGACGCAUCCCCCAGAUCAAUAUCUGGGACGACCACGACAUCAUCGACGGCUUCGGUUCCUACACAGACCAUUUCAUGCGGUGCUCCGUUUUCCGCGGAAUUGGCGGCGUCGCCUUCAAGUACUACUGCUUGUUCCAGCACCAUAUCGCACCACCCAAGUCCACCUACACUACUGACGCCCCGCAAACCAUGCAAGCCAUCAACGGUACGGCCGGAGCCGAUCCCCGGCAGCUGGAGAACACUUACGUGCUGGAAGACCAGCCCGAGGACGACAGUUGGAUUAUUGGCCGGCGGCCGGGACCUUACGUGGAGGAGCGGAGUCGGAAUCUAUACAUGCGCCUGGGCAAGCGCAUAGCCUUCGUUGGCGUGGAUGCCCGUACCGAGCGGACGCGCCAUCAGGUGAAUUAUCCGGAUACCUACGACGACAUCUUUGCUCGACUGGAACGCGAGGUGUCUGCCGCCGCCGGCGAUAUCAGACAUCUGGUCGUGUUGUUAGGUGUGCCCAUCGCGUACCCCCGUUUGGCGUGGUUGGAGAACAUCCUGAGCUCACCCUUGAUUGCCCCUAUUCGCUUGUUGAACAAACGCUUCGGGUUUGCUGGCGGCUUCUUCAACCAGUUUGACGGCCAGGUGGAUCUUCUGGACGACUUGGACGAUCACUAUACCGCCCGCCAGCACAAGCGUGAGCGGCGCCUCUUCAUUCAACGUCUCCAGGACUUCGCCAAGGCUCACUCGGUUCGCGUGACGAUCCUAGGCGGCGACGUUCAUCUGGCCGCCAUCGGCCGAUUCUAUUCGAAUCCCAAGCUCGGUCUACAGAGCGAUAACGACGCCCGCUACAUGGUCAACAUCGUCAGUAGUGCGAUCACCAACAAGCCGCCGCCCAAGGCCGUCGCCAACCUCUUGGCACAACGGAACAAAAUCCACCACAUGGACGCCGAUACCGACGAGACGCUAAUGGACAUGUUCGACCGGCAACCCGGCGGUCAGGAAAAGAGUGCCUCAUGGAACAAGGUCACCAUGCCGUCCCGAAACUAUGCCUGCAUCACGGAGGUCGACCCGCCGGUCCCCAACGAGGACGGAUCGGUUCCGCAGAGUAGCAGCGCGAUCGAGCAUCUGCCGAAGGAUGGACAUUCCCCUCUCCAUAAGGCCGAGGCCGAAGCCGGCUCGUCUUAUUCGGCAGCGGACGGAUUCAGCAACGGCAGUGGCGUCUAUGGGGGCUUGGACGUGUCCAUUCGCGUGGAAAUUGACCCUCAGAACCGCGAAGGAGCGACGGACGGUUAUGGAUUCAGCAUUCCCGCUUUGAACUACAUUGCAUCGCAGGACAGCACACGGCGCAGCUCACGCUCUCGUUCGUUGCGCCCUCGAUCCUCUCAAUCACAGGCCCAGAACAAGUCAGCUCGUCCUCAGACGGCGACCAAUUAG